UUUUCUUGGAAAACAGGAGUGUAAAAAGGUGUAUUGAGGUGCUGUCAGAUUAAUAGUUUUUCUAUUUAAUUGAUUUUAAGCAAAAAACAGGUGAAGGUUCCUACCAGGAGAAUUCGUCUCUUGGUAACUUCAGAUUGAUCUUUGAAUUCUUGUUUUGGCUACAGAACUUCUUGCAUGAUAUGUGAUAUGGGCAAUUAUUUAAUUAAGGAUUAAUGCAGCUUUGAAUCUGCUAUGUCCAGUAAUUAAGAUGAUUAAAUCGGAAAUUCUGAAAAGUCACUCAUCUAUUCCACAUACUGAUGAGGUAAUAAUUGCUUGUGAAGAUGAGUCUUUCCAAAAAACAGAGCAGAAGACAAGAAUUCUAGGUCCUGAAGAAGCAAAACAAUUAGCUCAAAAUCAGGUCUUAGUAUCUGAUUUCAAGAAGCAGAAACUUGAGAAAGAAGCACAAAAGAACUGGGAUCUAUUCUACAAAAGGAACAGUACCAAUUUUUUUAAGGACAGACACUGGACAACAAGAGAGUUUGAAGAAUUAAAAGCCUGCCGUAAAUUUGAAGAUCAAAAAUUGACAAUUCUAGAAGCCGGUUGUGGUGUUGGGAACUGUUUAUUUCCACUUCUAGAAGAAGAUUUGAAUGUUUUUGCUUAUGCCUGUGACUUCUCUCCCCGAGCAGUGGAAUAUGUAAAGCAAAAUUCUCUAUAUGAUGCCAAAAGAUGCAAAGUAUUCCUGUGUGACCUGACCAAAGAUGAUCUUGUGGAAAAUGUACCAUUAGAGUCGGUGGAUGUGGUUAUGUUAAUAUUUGUACUUUCUGCCAUUCAUCCUGAGAAGAUGUGUUUAGUUUUGCACAAUAUUUAUAAGGUUUUAAAACCAGGUAAAUAUGUCCUAUUCAGAGAUUAUGGCCUUCAUGACCAUGCAAUGCUGAGGUUUAAAUCUGCUUGCAAGCUGGGAGAAAACUUCUACGUACGACAAGAUGGAACCAGGUCAUACUUUUUUUCUGAUGCGUUUUUGGCAGAACUUUUCCUGUCUGAGGGAUAUGAGGAAAUAGUCAAUGAAUAUGUGUUUCGAGAAACUUCGAACAAAAAAGAAAACAUACGUGUGCCAAGAGUUUUUCUCCAAAGCAAAUUUCGAAAGCCUCAAAAAUAAGCUUUUGCUAAUAAGUUGUUGGACAGUUGAAGUUCAAGAUUACUUUCUUACAUUAUUCAGUUUAAACCAAGUUUUAUAUCAGGUAUGUCCAAUCUGUAGCCCCUGGACAGUUGGCAAUGCAGCCUUACAAGAUUGUAAAAU